GAAGUCGGGACGGGCGUUCUACUUCUGAAGAGCUUACCACUGCAAGUGCAGAGCACAGGGUGGACAUACCACCCGCGGGGAAAUUAUACACUUACCAGAGAAGAAAUACGAGUCGUGUCACCUUUUCCAGCUCAAGGAGCCUCUGCUCGCCUGCAACGAUGAAAACUGCCUUCGUUCUCUUGCUGACAGCAGCCUUACAACUAGCCACGUUUUGGGGGACUAAUGGAGACCUCGUGUCCAAAGCCCCCUGCAGACCCGGCUUCUCGCAAAGUUCUUACUUUAUGCUCAUUUCAAGGGAUGUACUGCGAAGCCAGAGCAUACUUAAAGAUACCAUCGUGUCAUCAUGGAAAGUGAGGUUUGAUGACUGUAUGGAGAAUGAGGGAGUGGUCUUUCAGAGCGGUGACCCCAGGUUCAGCGUUGGGACCGAUGGUUCCAUCUACACCCAGAGAGAGGUGGCAGGCCUGACCGGACCGGUCCAGUUCACGGUCACUGCCAGUGGUCCACACACACACGUGUGGGAGACCACGGUCAAACUGGCCCUGAUGGGGCAACACACACCCUCACCACCAGGCAAUCAGAUCACAGUGGAACAAGGGAAAGAAGGGGAGAGGAAGGAGGAAGGGGGGGUCAAAGUACCACCAGAGUUCCAGGCCCCACCCACUGUCAUCAUGUUUCCCAGCCAACGGGAGAUGAGCUCCAAGGGACUGCGGAGACAAAAGAGAGACUGGGUCAUUCCACCAAUCAACGUGCCUGAAAACUCCAGAGGGCCCUUCCCACAGAUGCUUGUCAGCAUCCGGUCGGACCAGGACCGUAACAUCUCCAUCCGGUACAGUAUCACAGGGGUGGGAGCGGACCAGCCACCCAAUGAGGUGUUCAGUAUCGACCCUGUUGCCGGGAAGAUGUUCGUCACCAAACCUCUGGACCGAGAGAGGAGAUCAUCUUACCAUCUUCGUGCCCAUGCGGUGAACAUGAAUGGUGAGCGGGUGGAGAGCCCCAUAGACCUGUACAUCUAUGUCAUAGACAUGAACGACAACCGGCCUGAGUUCAAGAACCAGGUCUACAACGGCUCUGUGGAUGAGGGCUCCAAGCCAGGUACAUUUGUGAUGCACCUGGCAGCCUUUGAUAAUGAUGACAACACCACGGCCAAUGGGAUGGUGCGCUACCGGAUCCUCUCCCAGACGCCACACAGCCCCAUCCCCAACAUGUUCACCAUCAACAGCGAGACCGGAGACAUCAUCACCGUGGCAGCAGGCCUCGACCGCGAGAAAGUGUCCCAGUACAGCAUCAUAGUCCAGGCCACGGACAUGGAGGGCAACCUGAACUUUGGCCUGUCCAACACGGCCACUGCCAUCAUCUCUGUCACAGACAUCAACGACAACCCACCGGAGCUCACCUCCAGAACCUUUUCAGGGGAGGUCCCAGAGAACCGGGUCAAUGUUGUGGUUGCCAACCUGACCGUGAUUGACCGGGACCAGCCGCACUCGCCCAACUGGAAUGCUGUGUACAGGAUAAUCAGCGGAGACCCAAUAGGUCACUUCACCAUCAUCACCGACCCACACACCAACGACGGCAUGGUUACCGUCGAGAAGCCGGUGGACUUUGAGCAAAACAGGGCCUUCAUGCUGACAGUGGUGGUCAACAACCAGGCCCAGCUGGCCAGUGGGAUCCAGUCGUCCCUCCAGUCCACAUCUGGGGUCACCAUCUCCGUGGUAGACAUCAACGAACCGCCCUACUUCCCUUCUAACCCCAAGUCCAUUCGCUUUGAGGAGGGCGUCCCAGCUGGCACCUCUCUGACCACCUUCUCAGCCAGCGACCCUGACCGCUUCAUGCAGCAGAGCAUCAGGUAUUCUAAGUUGGCCGACCCAGCUGACUGGCUGUCCAUCAACAACACCAACGGUCAGAUCAUCACCACGGCAACUCUGGACAGAGAGUCCAUCUACGUCAAAAACAACAUAUAUGAAGCCACCUUCCUCGCAGUUGACAACGGCUCUCCCAUGGCCAGUGGUACAGGGACCCUCCAGAUCUAUCUGAUAGAUGUGAAUGACAACGCUCCGUCUCUGCUGCCCCGUGAGUCUCAGAUCUGUGAACGCAUCAACCGUAAUGCCGGCAUCAACAUCACGGCUGCAGACGCAGACAUGGACCCCAACGUAGGCCCUUUCGUCUUCGAGCUGCCCACGUUCCCUGCUAGCAUACGACGCAACUGGACCGUGUCACGUCUCAACGGUGACUAUGCCCGGUUGAGUUUACGGACCCAGUAUCUGGAGCCGGGGGUGUAUGAGGUGCCUGUGAUUGUGACCGACUCGGGGAACCCUCCCCUCUCCAACAGGUCCAUUAUCAAGGUCAAGGUGUGUCCAUGUGAUGAGAACGGAGACUGCACCCUUGUCGGGGCUGUGGCUGCCCCUGGACUUGGGACUGGAGCCAUCAUAGCCAUACUCAUCUGUAUCAUCAUACUGCUCAGUAUGGUGCUAGUAUUUGUACUGUGGAUGAAGCGCAGAGAGAAGGAGAGACAGACCAAACAGCUGCUGAUCGACCCCGAGGACGAUGUCAGAGACAACAUCCUGAAAUACGAUGAGGAGGGAGGGGGAGAGGAGGAUCAGGACUAUGACCUGAGCCAGCUGCAGCAGCCUGACUCCUUGGAGCACAUCAUCAGUAAGCCCCCAGGGGUACGGAGGGUGGACGAGCGCCCCAUCAUCCCUGAGUCCCAGUACCCCAUCCGUCCUGUGGUCCCUCACCCUGGGGAUAUCGGGGACUUCAUCAACGAGGGUCUGCGGGCAGCAGACAAUGACCCCACAGCCCCUCCCUACGACUCCCUCCUGGUGUUUGACUACGAGGGCAGCGGCUCCACGGCUGGCUCCGUCAGCUCCCUCAACUCCUCCAGCACAGGGGACCAGGACUACGACUACCUCAACGACUGGGGCCCCCGCUUCAAGAAGCUGGCCGACAUGUACGGGGGAGGGGACGACGAAUAGGGCCACAGGUGGGCCUCGUUAAAGAUCAACUCCCCCAGCCGAACCCCCUCAGCUGGUCUGCCAUGCUCUCUCUGUCUCGCCAACCUUGGAGAGACAGAUAACACACACACACACACCAAUGCACACACCGAUGCACA